AUGGGUUAUAAGGUUAUAGGUCUGAGUGGUACCAAAAAAGAUCCCCUUAAGAUCAAUUCUAUGAGCUGGGGUGCAGAAGGCUAUCACUUGUGGGUGAUCAGCGGAUUUGGUCCUCAGUACACUGAAAUUGAGUCUGACCUCAGGAGUAUAGUAAAACAGCCCAGCAUUUUGCUGUUUCAGUUUAUCAAGAGUGUGCUCACUGUAAACCCUUGCAUGAGUAACCAAGAACAGGUGUUGCUUCAGGGAGAAGAUCGCUUGUACUUAAACUGUGGAGAAGCCUCUGCAAACCCAGAAUCCCAAGAGUUCUGCACGCACUGGUCAUAUACCCACUGGGAGAAGAGCCCAUUUGCAGAUGGAGGUCUGGAGUCAGGGUUAAGCACUUUACUUGGACAUCGGCAUUGGCAUGUUGUACAGAUUUCCAGCACCUAUCUAGAAAGCAAUUGGCCUAUACGGUUUUCAGCUAUUGAUGAACUUGGACAGAAUAUCGCUGUGGCUGGCAAGUUUAGGUUUGCACAUUAUUCUUUACUCACCAAAAAAUGGAAACUUUUUGGGAACAUUACUCAGGAGCAAAAUAUGAUUGUGACUGGUGGAUUAGCCUGGUGGAAUGACUUUAUGGUCCUUGCGUGUUAUAACUUAAGUGACCGUCAAGAAGAGCUCAGAAUCUACCUACGAACAUCAAAUCUGGACAAUGCCUUUGCUCAUGUCACCAAAGCACCAGCAGAAACAUUACUGUUGAGUGUCUUCCGGGACAUGGUGGUAGUGUUUAGAGCAGACUGUUCAAUAUGCCUUUAUAGUAUAGAAAGAAAAUUUGAUGGUUCGAAUACUACGGCUAAUGUUCAAGUUCUUCAGGAAGUCUCCAUGUCACGGUAUAUUCCUCACCCUUUCCUGGUAGUGUCUGUCACACUGACAUCAGUGAGUACAGAGAAUGGAAUCACCUUGAAAAUGCCACAGCAGGCUCGCGAUGCAGAGAGCAUAAUGCUCAACCUUGCUGGACAGCUCAUCAUGAUGCAGAGGGACAGGUCAGGCCCUCAAAUCCGGGAAAAAGACAGUAACCCUAACCAAAGGAAACUCCUGCCGUUUUGUCCUCCGGUUGUACUAGCCCAGUCGGUGGAAAAUGUCUGGACUACCUGUCGAGCAAAUAAGCAAAAACGUCACCUUCUGGAGGCCCUCUGGCUGAGCUGUGGUGGUGCAGGGAUGAAAGUGUGGCUCCCCCUCUUUCCUAGGGAUCACCGCAAGCCCCACUCCUUCUUGUCCCAGAGGAUCAUGCUGCCUUUCCACAUCAACAUCUACCCCCUGGCCGUGCUGUUUGAAGACGCAUUGGUCCUUGGUGCUGUCAAUGACACUCUACUCUAUGACUCUUUGUAUACGCGGAACAGUGCUAGGGAGCAGCUAGAGGUGCUUCCCUUCUGUGUUGUGGAGAGAACCUCUCAGAUCCACCUCCACCAUAUCCUCCGUCAGCUUCUGGUCAGGAACCUUGGAGAGCAAGCCCUGCUCCUGGCCCAGUCCUGUGCUGCGUUACCUUACUUCCCUCAUGUGCUGGAGCUCAUGCUGCAUGAAGUUCUGGAAGAAGAAGCUACCUCACGGGAGCCCAUUCCCGAUCCCCUGCUUCCCACUGUGGCCAAGUUUAUCACCGAGUUCCCACUUUUCCUUCAGACAGUCGUGCACUGUGCCAGGAAGACUGAAUAUGCUCUGUGGAAUUCUUUUGCAGCUGUUGGAAACCCCAAGGACUUAUUUGAGGAAUGUUUGAUGGCUCAGGAUUUGGACACAGCUGCCUCUUACCUUAUUAUCUUACAGAAUAUGGAAGUUCCUGCAGUAAGUAGGCAGCAUGCCACCCUUCUAUUCAACACAGCUCUGGAACAAGGCAAAUGGGACCUGUGUCGACACAUGAUUCGGUUUCUUAAAGCCAUUGGUUCUGGAGAAUCUGAGACACCUCCGUCCACACCCACAGCUCAGGAACCCAGUUCAAGUGGUGGAUUUGAGUUCUUCAGGAAUCGGAGCAUCAGUUUAUCCCAGUCAGCUGAAAAUGUUCCUCCUGGUAAAUUCAGCUUACAGAAAACACUAAGUAUGCCAUCUGGUCCUUCUGGAAAAAGAUGCAAAGACAGUGACUGCGCUGAGAACAUGUACAUUGACAUGAUGCUGUGGAGACACGCUCGGCGCCUCUUAGAAGAUGUGCGGUUAAAGGACCUUGGCUGCUUUGCAGCCCAGCUAGGCUUUGAACUAAUCAGCUGGCUUUGUAAAGAACGUACUCGAGCUGCCCGUGUAGACAACUUCGUAGUAGCCCUGAAGAGACUUCACAAGGAUUUCCUGUGGCCACUUCCCAUUAUCCCAGCCUCUUCUGUUAAUUCCCCUUUCAAAAAUGGGAAGUGCCGAACAGUGGGAGAGCAGCUGUUAAAAUCUCAAUCAUCUGACCCUUUCCUAACCUCUGAGAUGGAUGCUGGCAUCACUAACAUCCAACGGAGUCAGAGCUGGCUCAGCAACAUUGGCCCCACCCAUCGUGACACAGACAUAGCCUCAUCCCCUGGACCACAAAUGCAAGAUGCUUUCCUGUCACCAUUAUCUAAUAAAGGUGAUGAAUGCAGCAUUGGUUCAGCCACUGACUUGACUGAAAGCAGCUCCAUGGUGGAUGGAGACUGGACAGUGGUGGAUGAAAAUUUCUCUACACUCAGUUUGACUCAGUCUGAGUUGGAGCACAUCUCCAUGGAGUUGGCGAGUAAAGGACCUCAUAAAUCUCAAGUUCAACUUCGUUACUUGCUGCACAUUUUCAUGGAGGCGGGUUGUCUGGAUUGGUGUGUUGUCAUCAGCCUGAUUCUCAGAGAAUCCUCAGUAGUCAGUCAGAUUCUCAGUAUUGCCCAGUCUUCAGAGAUGGAUGGAGAAAUGUUACAGAACAUAAAAACGGGGCUACAUGCAGUGGACCGAUGGGCCUCUACAGACUGCCCUGGAUAUAAGCCAUUUUUAAACAUCAUUAAGCCACAACUGCAGAAGCUCAGUGAAAUAACAGAAGAGCAGGUCCAGCCUGACACCUUCCAGCCAGUAACAGUGGGUAAGACGCCUGAACAGAGCAGCCCCAGAGCAGAGGAGAGCAGGGGCUCCUCCAGCCGUGCAAGCAUCUCUCAAAGUGAGACUGGGAAUAACAAUGUGGUCAGCCGGAAUGAAGAGGACACAACACAAGCUGAUGAUGAGGAGCCAUUCCAGGAUGGGGCUUAUGACUGUUCUGUGUCCUGACAACAGUGAGACACAUCACAGUAGGCAGUAUUAAUCACAGCAACAAGCAACUGAGUGCAUAGUGGUGACCUGGCUGAGUGAUUUAACAGGAAAUAGAACAAGGGUCAAAACUCUUUCAUAAAGUAUUAUUAUAUGUUAUAACUCUUCCUCUAAAUCUCUUUGACUCCAUAAAAAAAAUGUGGUAUCAGAACAUAUUCAUAAGAAAAUUUAAGCUCCACUAGAAAGUAACAAGCAUAAUAUAGACAUAGAGUAUUUUGGUUUUACUCACAACGGAUUGACAGUUGUUAAUGUGUAGGGAUUACUUUG